AGUCACUCUCCACAGCGUAAUCAAAAAGCAGACCUAAACGCACACACCUCUCUCCAUUCUCUCCCAACACCCACACACAAAAAAUUAAUUGCAAAAUUAAAUUAAAUUAAAUUCCCAUUAAAAAAAAAACCCAAUCCACUGUCGUUCAAUUUCAUUUUCCUUUUACGUAUCCAAGAAGUUUCUCAUAAACGAUUCCUCAUAGAAUUCAAAACAUUUUUCAACUCGUUUACUGAGUGGAGUUCUGCUGCUUCGGCUACUACUAGGUCCAAUCGUUCUCUACUCUAUGUUUCUGUACUUGAGGUGCAUGUGGUUGAUACUCCAUGGAAACUGUGGUUGGAAUUGAGGACAAUGAUGAUGGAAAGUUUGAAGACAGUGGGGUUGAUAGAAGCAGUUCAGCUUUGUCUUCACCGAAGCAAAUUGCCAACCCAAUUGUAUACAAGCUUGUUCGGGUUGAAGGUGAUGGGAGGUUAGUGCCUGCAACAGAUGAUGAAGUAAUGGAGGUGGGGGAUUUUCUUGAGUAUGAAAACAGUGAAAUGCAUGUUGUUGCAAACACUGGACAGAGUUUGGAAUGCAUAUCAAUUGAAAGAUCAUCUUCUGGGAAGCUUCGAUUGGAGUGUAAGGAAGGCACUGCAGAGGCAGAUUUGGGGGAACUGAAUGCAAAAUUACAGAUUUUGCAAAAGGUCAAAGAGGAGAAACAACGCAUAUCAUGUGGAUCACCUGCUCAUUCUCAUGUAAAUAUAGACAGCCAGUGUUCAGCUGAUAAAUUUCCAGUCAUAGAUGGGAAGGUUCAAUCUGAAACUCCCUGCCAGGAAAUUCCUUCUAUAGCAUCAAGUUUAAAUUAUACUCAUAGUAAUCAAUCUGGGAGUAUUGAUCAGUGUUCCAGACCUUCAGAAGGAGUAAUAGAGAGUGGAUCAUCUGCUUCUGCUGUCUAUUCCAAUUUAAAGCCUGAUCUUUCAAUGUCAGAUGGAGAAAUAUGCUUGGACAAGCUAUCAAUCAGAGAACUGCAUGAACUGUUUAAGGUAACAUUUGGUCGGGAAACCACUGUUAAAGACAAACAGUGGCUGAAAAGGAGGAUUGCCAUGAGUUUAACUAAUUCGUGUGAUGUUUCAGCUACAACUUUCAUUAUUAAAAAUAACAAAAUAGUUAGAAAAUUUGAAGAAGAAAGUUCUGGAAAUAUGAAUGCUGGAUCUUUAAUCUCUUCGGGAAAUAUGACUGAAGAAGAAGAUGUCAACUUUAAGGAUUCAUCUGCUGUAAAUGCUUGUGGAAUUGAAGAUAACCAAGUUGUUUCUGAAACAAGACCAGAAAUUGGAUUGGAAGAUGAGAAUUAUCAGACAGGACAAAGAGCUGCAAAAAGAAUUCGGAGACCUACAAAGAGAUAUAUUGAAGAGCUCUCUGAAAAUGAAUCUAGAGAGCACAAUCCGAGGUUGUCAAUUUCUAAUAAACCAAUGGGACUUGGACAUGUUUCUCCAACUUUGAAUGUCAGGCCUGCUAGAAAUGCUUUUUCAGAGGUGAGAACAUAUGGCACCAGGUUAGACUCUCUCGGAGGUUCUGAUGUCCAAAUUCCUUGUGUGUCUCGGGUUCGGAGAAGUCGUCCAAGAAAAGAUAUUGCAUCUCUUAUGAAAUUCCAUCCAACUAGCAUGGGUGAGGCUGAAAAACUGAGUAAUAAGCUCCUUGAGCAUAGUUCUGAUGCUGGUAGUGAGUUUCCAGACAAAGUUUUGAAGUCAAGAAUGCCUUCAAAGUUUCAUCAACCAUCCUCUUCUGAACCUGUGAAAGAGCAGUGUCCAGUAAUAGGCCCGGUUGAGCUACGGCAGGAAUUGAGGCCAAAAAGGGCAGAUCCAUCCAGCCAUACCUCAGAUGACAAUAAUAUAGUUACUGUUCCUACUGCAAAAGGAGGGAUGAGGAGGAAGCAUCAUCGUGCAUGGACUCUUGUUGAGGUGAUUAAAUUGGUGGAAGGUGUGUCACGGUGUGGAGCAGGGAGGUGGUCCGAAAUCAAACGGCUCUCCUUUGCAUCAUACUCAUAUCGUACCUCUGUUGAUCUUAAGGACAAGUGGAGGAACUUGCUCAAAGCUAGCUUUGCACUGACACCUGCACCUGCAGAUGAGGGGAUAAAUUUGCGGAAGCAUGGUACGGCUCCCAUUCCUGAGAAAAUUUUGCUGCGUGUAAGAGAGCUUGCUGAGAUGAAUUCUCAAGUGCCUCCAAAUUAUAGCUCAAGCCAGUUAGCAUCUGGUGGAGGGAGUGUGCAUGGAGAUAGAUCGGGGUACUUGUAAAUAAAUACUAAAUUCCUUAUCAGGCAACAAAAAAAAAAUAUUAAAAAACUAAUUUCUGAACUUUGUUAGACCAAUCCUUUCUUGGAUGCAUAGAGAGUAAGUAGAUGCAAUCUUGUAGACAGUUGAGAGAUUGAUUAGAUGUUUAUGCACUGAAACGUUGAAUAGAAUCGUGUCACUUUUUGGUUCUCACUGUUUUGAUGGUUGUAAAUUUUGGUUCUCACUUUUAAAUUACAAUCGUGUUCGUUUAA